AUGGCGAUCCAGCAAUUUGCUCUUCUCCUCACCCUCCUCCUUCUUGUGUCUAGAGAUGGCGGCCUCGCCGUCGGCACUCCAGCACCUCUAAUCACCAAGGCAUGCGCCGCGAUAUCCAAUUUCACCCAGCGGGUGCCCAAGGAGACCUGCGUGGGCACGCUUUCCGCCGACCCCGCGGCCGCGUCCGCCAUGGACACUCGCGAGCUCGCGGUCGCCGCGGCCAACCUAACCGCGGCCAACGUCACGUCGACUGUGCUCGUCCUCGCCGAUCUCGUCCACAACCUCCAGGCGUGCCUCAGCAUAUACAGGGAGAUGGACGGUAUGCUGGCGGCCGCGCUCCACGAGUUCCGUGUCGGGCAGGUCGACGCCGCGUCCGAAAAGUUGAGCGCUGCCUCUGAUAUGCCCGACGAUUGCGACAUUCUCUUGUUCCAGGGGAGCGCCAUGAAGAAUCCGAUGAGCAAGGAGGAUGACGAUGCCAAUUUGCUGUCCAAUAUCGCAUACGCCAUCAGCAUGGAGGUGCUAAGUCCUGGUCCUCACAGCUAG